CUCAUUCUCUUUUGGUGACGGUUCAUGGUGGUGUCUUCUCCUGUAAUUUUGUGGAGCUCCUUUGGCCCGAUUCUUUCUCCUAUUUUGGUUGUUCCGAAUUGCACAUGACUCAUUCAACGUUUUUCCAGAUACCGAGAAGACUGAUUGAGACCGCGUGAUCCAUUUACUGCUGCUGCACUCGCUCUCAAUUGGGAUUUGGGCUUCAAUUCUCUCGUUGCUUUCCUUCUGAAGUCGUCGGAAAAUCGCUGUCCAACCCACAUUCUCCGACGGAGGUGUGUUCCUGCUAAUUGAGAACCCUAGUCGUCUGUUGCUUUUUAUCACUCUUUACUUCUAAGAUGGGAAGCAGCUCAGAUGAAGAGUCUGACAUAAGUGAUUCAGAAAUAGAUGAAUACAAGGAGAAGCCGUAUGAAUUACUGAAGUCUGGUACUUACAAGUUGAAGCGCCCAAAUGGGACACUUAGAUGUCCUUUCUGUGCUGGGAAGAAGAAGCAAGAUUAUCAAUACAAUCACCUUCUUCAACAUGCCAUUGGAGCUGCCAAGGGGUCUUCCAACCGAAGUGCAAAGCAGAAAGCGAAUCAUCUUGCACUCGCAACAUUCUUGGAAACAGAACUGGCUAAUGAGGCUGAACCACUACCUCGUGAUGUGGUUCCCAAGCCUGCUCCUAAACCUGAAAAGGUUGAAUUGUAUUGUUGGCCAUGGAUGGGGGUUUUAGCUAACAUACAAUAUGAUUCCAGGGUAGAGGAAUCUGGAGAUAGCCACAAAUACUGGUUAAAUGAAUUCUCAAAAUAUAAGCCCAUUGAAAUUGAAAUGUUUUGGGAUGAGGGCCAGCGCACUGCAGAAGCUGUUUUAAGCUUUGAUAAUAAUUGGCCUGGAUUUCGAAAUGCCAUGGAGUUUGAGAAGUCAUUUGAAUCCAAUUGCCGAAGUAGGAAACAAUGGAUUCAGCGAAAGGCUUCUCCGGGUUCAAACGUCUAUGGUUGGUUUGCUCGUGAGGAUGAUUUUAGAUUGGAGGGACCUGUCGGAGAAUAUCUUCGCAAGAAAGGGGAGUUAAAAAGUUUUUCAGACAUUGUGAAGGAAUCAACAAAGGACACGAACAAACUUGUUGAUAAUCUGGUCAGCGAAAUUGAUUUGAGAAAUGAAAAUCUGGAUCAGUUGCAGAUCAAAUACAAUGAAAAGACACUGUCCCUUAGUAGGAUGCUCGAAGAGAAAGACGAGAUUCACCGGAACUUCUGUGAAAAGACAAGGUCACUGCAACGUGCUGCACGGGAACAUAUUAAGAGGGUUUUACAGGAGCAGGAGACGUUGAACUCAGAGCUGGAGACUAAAAAAAAACGACUUGAUUCAUGGAGCAAAGAGCUAAACAAGCGUGAGGCAUCCACUGAGCGGGAUCGAUUGAAACUUGAAGAGGAGAGAGCUAAAAAUGAAGUGAAAAACAGCUCACUUCAAAAGGCUUCUGAGGAGCAAAAGAAGGCUGACAAUAAUGUCCUACGGCUAGUUGAAGAACAUAAGAGAGAGAAGGCAGAGGCACUUCAAAGGGUUCUCGAGCUAGAAAGGAAUCUGGGUGAGAAACAGAAAUUGGAAAUGGAAAUUCAGGAUAUCAAAGGGAAACUAGAUGUCUUGAAACAUAUGGGAGGGGAUGAUGAUGACGCUGUUCAGCAGAAAGUUGAUAAGAUGAAGGAACAGUUGAAAAACAAAGUGGAUGAACUUGAGGAUCUUGAAGAACUCCAUAAUCAACUAUUUACAAAAGAGCGCGAAAGCAAUGAUGAGCUGCAAGAAGCUCGCCAAGCAUUGAUAGAGGGCUUGAAAGAGAUGCUGAGCAGCUGCCGUGUUAAUAUUGGGAUAAAGAGGAUGGGAGAGAUUAAUGAAAAACCUUUUAAGGAUGCAUGCAAGGCUAGAUUCUCACCUCAAGAGGCAGAUCUUAAGGCGGUCGAGUUGGUUUCCCUGUGGCAAGAGAAAAUGAAAAACCCUGAUUGGCAUCCUUUCCGGAUCGUCGAAGAUAAUAAGGGGAAUGCUGAGAGGGUUUUGAAGGAGGAUGAUGAGUUGCUGCAAGAGCUCCGUAAUGAAUGGGGAGAAGAAGUAUACGAGGCAGUUACUACAGCUUUAACCGAGAUGCAAGAAUAUAACCCGAGUGGCUGUUAUGUGGUUCCCGAGCUGUGGAAUUUCAAGGAAAAUAGGAAAGCCACUCUCAAAGAAGUCAUAGCUUACGUCUACAGUCAGAUGAAAACGCUGAAACGGAAGAGAACUUGAGGUCGUAUCGGCGCAUCUCUGUUUCCCAUUACCCGUGCGCAAAUAGUUGUUGAUGCCAUUGAGAGUUUGUGCGACGCAAGCAUUGGAGCCCAAGAACAGAUAGAUGUCUGACUGUCUGUCGAGCCUAAUUUGAAAGUUAGUUUGUGGUUGAGGAGACCUUCUAGCUGGUAAUAAAUAAAUACCCAUUACUCUUUGUUGCACGAUGAUGUUCUGUUCUGCCUUAAAUUGAUUUAGAACGAAGUGAACUUAACUGUGAAUUGCUGGUAACUGUGUUUAUGAAUGAAUGGACCGGACCAGACCAGACCUCUUUCUUAAACCAUUCCAGUUUGAACCUCGUCUGAAUUUCCAUACA